AUGAAAGGCACACGAGAGAACCGCUGCCUGGCCUUCCUGAAGGGGCUACGGCUGAAAACGGACCCGAACUUACCGGGUGCUAAGCAAAAAACGCCAUUCAACAUAAGCAGGUUCUGGUUGCUAAUAAUCAUCGUGAUAUACACAGCGACCUCGGCCUGCAUUUACUUCGACUGGAGUGCCAUUCGCAAUUUGUUGCUGAGUGUCGGGAAGUAUAAGCACCUCAACGUGAACCCGUACACCGACAUUACCCUGUCUCCUCAGUACAAGAGAAUAAACAGUCUAUACCCGAUGACCCUAGCCAUACAUUUUACCAUGUCUGUUUUCUGUGGCUUCCUAUAUGAUCAUAUUGGUCCGAAAUUUACAGCCAUGAUUGGACAGAUGUGUAACAUAAUAUCUUGGAUUCUGUUAUCCAUCGAUUCCACUACGGUCGAUACAACUCUCCUGAGUUUUGUAUUCCUUGGAUUGGGUGCGGACACUGCCUUCAUCCCCAUUUUAACCAUUUCGAAUCUUUAUCCAGAUGCCUCCACAUUUAUCCUCACAGUCGUUGGAGCAGCUGCAUCAUUGAGUUACGCCGUCCCAGCCACACUUAACUUCAUUUGCAGCAAGUACCCCAAUGCCCCAUUUUCAUACAUUUGCUACGGGUACAUAUUUCUAAUCCUGUUGCCUUGCUUAUUAGUGGCGACCUUUUUGCUACCCCUUAAGCCAUUCAAGGGGUUAGACUACUACAUUGAGAAGGAUCAAUACAGAAAAGGAGAAGUAGAAGGCGAUGGCGAAGGAAGACGGGGGGAAAGAGAAAUGGUUACUAGCCAAACGAAUGAUGAAGUUGACGUGGAGAUGCAGCCAUUCGAUGUUGAACAGAUAAAGGCGUCUAAAGGCACAAGUGGAAAUGGAAAUGGAAAUGCGAGUAGUAUAUCUUCUACGCGGGGAAAUACACCAAAUAGUGGAAAACAGUCCCGGGAAAAAAAUACCCAUGGAUCGAAUGGAAAAAAUAUAAGCAGCAGAGAAGGCGGAAAUGCCAUGGUGGCUGUGCAUGAUGAACAGGAAACCGACUCCUCCAGAGGUACAAUACAAGAAGAUUCAGAUUUCCACAGAAAAAGUAUAGCCCUAUUUUUCAAGGUGCUUAUCAGUUACCCAAGUAUCUGUAUCAUAGUAUACUUUAUUAUUUUCAACAUUUCCACAGUCUUUUACGGCAUGGUCACAGAUACCUAUUUUAGUUACGACCGUUCAAUUAUCAAGGUAAUUAAUAUUCUCAUGCCCAUUUCCUGUAUCCCUUGUAUUAUAUUUGGAAGGUUCAUAAACAAGUAUGGAGCAGCAAUUAUAAUUAUUCUCAUGAAUGCCUGUUCUGCACUUAUGCAUUUGACUGCAUUGAUUAAGCACCGAGCGUCUGCACUUGUGUCCGCCUUCCUGUACAUGUGCGUUACGAGUAUUUACACAAGUCAGAUUUAUUGCUUCAUUCAGAAUUCCUUUCCUUCCAUUGUUUUUGGUAAGCUUCUUGGAUUCGCUAGCCUCUGUGGAGGUCUCUUUUCUCUGCUGUGUGAAAAACUUUAUGAUCAGAUUGUAAGCAAAGACGGGGAAAGCAUCGACCCAACAAAUGUUGUACUUUUGCUUGUCAUCGUUUUCAUCGUUAUGUUCCUCCCUCUUACGAUUUUGUACUUCCGAAAUUAUGAGCGAUGCAUUGAGGAUUACCAACGGGAGGAGGCCACUUCACACAGCUCGGCGCGCGCUGCAUGA